AUGCCGGAGUGUCAGAGUGCGCCGAAUAUUAUUGAUUUAUUUGCUUCAUGGGAAGCGAGGUCAUACCGGCUGGAGAUCCCACCUAUCAUCACACGCGGACGGCCACACUACAAUUUUACCGGCGCUUGCACCCCCCAUCCCGUGCGCGAAUGUCACCAGUGUCAGAGCGCGCCGAAUGUGCGUUCCCCUGUCCGUGAAUUGACCCGGUCCCCCACUCACACCUGCCAGCAGACAGAGAAGACGCAGCAGGAAGCAGUACUGGGAGCAGUAUGGGGAGCGACAGUGAGAGCUGUAUCCAAUGCCCAGAUAUGGAAUGGCCCAAUGAGAAGAAGAUUCAAUGUAAUAUUGGGAGUUUUUAUUAAACACCAGGACACCCCCAUAGUGAGAGCCAACAACCGGAGCCUGAGCUUCCUCCUCCUUGUCUCCAUCAAGCUGAGCUUCCUCAGUGUGUUUCUGUUCCUCGGUCGCCCUGUGGAUAUAACCUGCAUGCUGCGCAUCAUCACUUUUGGAAUCACCUUCUCCAUAGCUGUCUCUUCUCUCCUGGCCAAGACUAUCAUGGUUUGUGUUGCUUUCAAAGCCACCAAGCCAGGGAGCUCAUGGAGAAAAUGGCUGGGAGUCAAACUGUCCAAUUCUGUAGUCUUGUUCUGCUCAUCCAUUCAAAUAAUCAUCUGCAUGACUUGGUUGGCCAUUUCUCCUCCCUUUCAGGAACUGGACAUUCACACUUCCCCUGGAACCAUCAUCAUUCAGUGCAAUGAGGGCUCAGCUAUUGGCUUUUACUCAGUUAUUGGGUAUAUGGGGCUUCUGGCAGCUGUUAGUUUUGUUUUAGCAUUUUUAGCUCGGAGCUUACCGGACAGUUUUAAUGAGGCCAAGUACAUCACUUUCAGCAUGCUGCUCUUCUGCAGUGUUUGGAUCACAAUGAUCCCGGCCUAUCUGAGCACCAAAGGCAAAAACACUGUGUGUGUGGAGAUAUUUGCCAUACUCACCUCAAGCGCGGGCCUUUUAGCCUGUAUAUUUCUGCCCAAAUGUUACACAAUACUACUCAGGCCAGAUUGCACCAUGGAGCACUCUCCAACUCAGGUCUCCAGUGGGUCUGAGCACCAAGCUGGAAUAAAGGGCUCGCCACUGGGGUCUCUCACCCUCUUUGAGCACCCGCCUCCAGAUGGUAUCAUAGCUGGAGACGAGGGCAAGGAAGUGUACAGUGUGAAGCAUGAGAGAGUACAGUAG